CUUCUCCGCCGGUUUGUUUUUAUGGGGUUCGAUUUGAGUGUAACUGGCUUGAGUCGUCGCCACCUGCUUCCCUCACCAGUCGCUGCUGGCACUUCAGGCGGGGAAGGAAGCGCCUCUCCUCAUGCGCUCCGGGCUCCAACUACUGCUGAGGAAGAGGAGGAGGAGGAGGGGGAAGAGGACGCCUUCAGCGCUCAGCCACAUGGCCCUCAGCAGCCGAAGCGGAAGCAGCAUGGGCGGGCACGGCGAGAGGGAGCCGGGCGGAGCUCACGCCUCACCUCCAACCCGCAGAAAGCAGGGGCGCCGCCGCCCUGGCGCAGGCACGCUCACCUCCUCCCGCCACCCGGCGCCGGGGAGGGAACGGUGGGGACGGCGCCUGCGACAAGCCAGCUCCGCCCCGCUCGUCGGCUGCGCCGAGGAGACUUCCGGGAGUUGGCCGCGGCCGCCUCAGCCUCAGUCUGGCCGAGCGCUUACUCCGCCCCAGAGCGCGCUUUCUCCGCCUCUUUCUUUCCUCGCCGCCCGCUGGGAAGAUUUUCCUGGGAAAGGCGCGAACAGCUGACGGAGCGGCGGCUGCUCGCUCGGCGGCCCGUCUUUCCGCCGUGUGGCAGGCGGGCGCUUAGCCGAAAGCCUAGGGCCACGCGGAGCAACCCCCCGAUGCGCGCGCUGCGGCGUGGGGCCACCCUCACGCCUCACCGAGCUCUGCCAAAGGAGGGAGCAAAGUUCUUCUGGUUCUCUAUCGAUAAGGUUCGGGAUGUUCUCCUUGAAAAUGGUAGGUAUAUGCUCAAGAUGACAUUGUGGAAACUGGCUGGCUUUCUUCUUCUUUAGCUUAACAUGGAACUUGCACAUGAGCAGUUAGUGAUCUGUUCCACAGUCGCACCAGGCCAUGUCUUUGAUACUGUAAUUGAGCUUCUCCACCUGCUUUUAGCAAUAAUGUAGUCAAAUUGUUUUCUGUGUACUGCAUCUGGUGAUGUCCAUGUAUAUAGGCAUUAUUUUGGUUUUGGGAAGUCUGUGUUAGCAAUGAAGAAAUCACUGGAUUGGCAGAAAUUGAUAAGUUGUUCUCCUGCUUCAUUUGUUUCCUAGGCCUAUAAAGACCAAGUAUAUUUUCCUCCUUAAUAUUUCCAGUGUUGAUAUUCCAGUCUCCAAACUCUUGCUUGCAUGUUAUUCUGAUUUUAAAUUGAACCUGACAUGGAACUCAUCAACCUCCUCUUCCUCUGCACUUAGAGCAUAAACUUGGAUAAUUGUCCCAUUAAAGAGUUUCCAGAAAGUCUAGUUGAUAUUAUCUGGUCACUGACUGUAUUGUACCCAAGUUCUGACCUUGCUGUAUCCUUCUGGGCUGAAGGAAAGAAAGCAAUGCCAUUUGUUCCUGUAAACAGUAGUUUAUGAUUUUCUGAGGGAAAUAUCCAAUUCCAGUGUGUUUCAGAUCACCAGUGCCUAAGAUGUCAAUCUGUACUCCAGUACUGCCAUUUUAUCUUCUGCUGUGUAGAGUUUUCUCAUGUUCAUGCUUCUUACGUUCCAAGUUUCCACUGUCUUUGCAACUUCAGAUUUUCUUUUCUGCAUGGCAACAACAGCAAUGAAAGGCUUUAAUUUAGCCAUGUCAUAAACACAAUUAGUACUCUGAAAGAAGCCCAUUAUUUAUUUAUUUAUUACACAUAUUUCUCUGUCACCACAAUGAAAAUUAGUCUUGGUGGCUACAUUAUCUGCAUUUUGUCAAUUGCUUUAUACUGCCUAUUCCCAUUGUAACUGAAAAGAUCAUUUUCCUCCAGUACCUUCCUAUACUGCUGCUGCCCAAUGUUGUUACUUGCUUACUUUAGCUGGGCAGCUGGGAUGAUCUCCACGCCUUGGGUGAGCCUGCUGGGUUUAUAGACUCUCAGUGUACGCCCCUGGGGUCCUUCACUCAUCCAGAAACGCUCCUCACAACAAGGCAGUAUUGCAGGACCUGGGAAUGAAAACCUUCCAGAGCAGAUUAUAAAUGUUGGUAGUAAGAUGGCCUCUGCCCUCAAGCUUCCAACAUCUUUUUAAUGGAUCUCGCUGUGUAUGGUGUCAUGUGGGUAGUUCAUGGGUCUGUAGAUGUAUCUAUAUGGUAACAUCGUUUUAAGUGACCUAAACACACACGACUGAGCAGGAUAUGAUCUAGUAAAUAAAUGUGGACAUCAUAUUGAAUGAGGGACUUCUUUGUAGUAUUCUUUAUCUUAUGGUGCACUACUAUGGUUGUGUGCAAGCACUGAAAACACACUCCGUUUUUAAAGGCAGUGGGAGUUAAGUGGAAUUAUUUUUGAUAAAGAUUUAUACAAGAUUAUUCCAUUAGUGUCAUUUUAUUUCUUUUCGCUGGCAAGCUUCUUCUGCUUUUACUGACUUUGUAAAAGAUGGCAAAAUUAAACUUUACCUCAGCACUGAAUUGAGAAAGAGAGCUGAAUCUGUUGAAUUUCUGUCACUAAACUCAGUAAGAUGAUAUACUUAGGCAAGAUGUAGCUGCAUCCUCCUUUUUAUUCAGCUACAAGAUACUCUCUUACAGGUAUAGUACAGAAGCCCAAUAGAUUUCGUUACUAUCUGUCAUUAAAAUUUCAGUGAUAAACUUGUUUCCAAUGAGUUUCUUCCAUUCACUGUUAUUAAAAGAAAAAAAAAUCCUUCAAUUCUUAGCUGAAGUCUGCAUCCUUU